AUGGCAACGUUUAAUGAUACACUAGGCGUUGCCUCGACGAAUGUGCCUGUCUAUUCCAAUGGUGAUAAAGAUUUCUUUUCAGUAGAACGUCAUUACUUCCAUGGAGUCUUUAUUGGAUAUAAAUGGCAAUGCGUAGAAUUCGUACGUCGUUGGUUGUUACUGCGGAAAGGAUGCAUAUUACCGAAUGAAAAUUGUGCUGCUCGAAUUUGGAAGGAUGUCAAGGCAGUCGAACGAGUUACCGAUGGGUGUCAGUUUUCAUUGGAAUGUCAUUCGAAUGGAUCACCACGAGAACCGCAGAUCGAUUCGCUACUUGUUUAUCCUCGAUGUGACGCACUACCAUUCGGACAUAUAGCAGUUAUUAGUGAAGUUGGACCUGGCUACGUUCGUAUCGUCGAACAGAAUUAUGAAUCUAAUUCUUGGUCAGAGAACCACACUCGUCAACUUCGAUUAGUAGAAAAGGAUGAUUUGUUUUACAUUGAAGAUGAACAUUCCAUCUAUGGCUGGAUGACGAUUAAAGAUAAUCACGAAUUAGGUCCUUUAGAUGAAUCGAAAUUGGAUGUGAUACUUAAACCUUAUAAAAAACCAGUACCGAUCGGUACUUUAGAACGCUGUUGCGUUCCUAAGGAGAAUGUUCAUGUUAAGGGCGGUUGGCUAGAUAGAAAUUCACCAGCAGAAAAAUAUCUGGUCGAUAUGUAUGGUGAAGAUCCAAGUCGAAGCAUCGAUGGUACAUAUCCAUAUUACAAGAUGGAUUUUAAUUUAUUUCUGAAUAUCGGCACAGCAGCCAAUGAAUCACAUCGAAUGUUUAUGAAAGCGACUGAACACGUGAUCAAUAGUGACGAUCUACUAGCACGCUUUGAAAUACCUGAAAUAUUCUGGUCGGGUAUUCGUCGAUCGUGGAAGAAUGAUCAAGAUCUUUUUAUGACUGGUCGAUUUGAUUUCGCAUUCGAUGGAGAGAAAAUCAAAGUAUUUGAAUACAAUGCUGAUAGUGCUUCAGUACUUUUGGAAUGUGCCGUGACGCAACAAAAAUGGGCGAAAGCUGUGGGACUCGAUUCCAAUUUAAUAUCGGGAUUUCAAAUGCAUCGAGUUCUCGUACGAAAUUGGAAGAAUCUCAACAUUCGGUCGCGUGUUCAUCUUUUAAUCGAUAAAUACGAAGACGAAAUGAUUACUGCCCUAUAUAUGCAAAGCGUUAUGAACGAAGCCGGUAUUGAAACGAAACUAUGCGUGUUACUCGAUGAUCUCUACUGGAAAGAUUCGGCUAUAGUCGACAAUGACGGUCGUCAAGUAACGUUUGUUUGGAAAACAUGGAUGUGGGAAACGGUGUUUAUUGAUCACAUCGAUGCUCAAAAAGAGCGAAAUGUUGACCAGUGGACGCCAACAGAUGGUGAUCAUCCUCGUCUCAGCGAUAUUCUGCUCAACGAUCGAAUUCGAGUUGUUGAACCGUUAUGGAAAGUCAUCACUAGCAACAAAGCACUACUGCCGACAUUAUGGUCGAUGUUUCCCAAUCAUCCAAAUCUAUUGCGAACUGAAUGGACGCUUGCGGAUGAAUUGAAACAGAAGGGUUAUGCGAAAAAGCCAAUCGUUGGCCGCUGCGGUCGCAACGUAACAUUACACAAGUCGGAUGGUGGUAGUUUUACACAUGAAACGACAGAAAAAUUCGCCGAUCGAGAUUGUAUCUAUCAAGAACUAUUUGAAUUACCGACCUAUGAUGGAUUUUACAAUAUCUUCGGCUGUUGGAUCGUACAUGGCCUAUUUGCAGGCUUUUGUAUUCGCGAAGAUCAACGACUUAUUACAAAUUACGAUAGUUAUGCAAUGGCAUGUUGUAUCACUCACAGUUAG